AUGCUAGCAAAAUCACUUCCAAAACUUAACUUUUGGUCAAAUGCAAGACUGUCGACUUCAUGUUCGGCCCGUACGCUUUUAGUUGGUUUAGCUCAACGCCGUGGGUAUGCUGCAGCACAAUUCAAUAAUUCCACGGCAUCGGAACAGGCUAAAAAAACGGCCAAGACGAAAACCUCACCUUUAUGGCCGAAAAUCAAGGCUUUCACUUCUUUCACCGUCUCUGGAGCUCUUGUAGUGGGUGCAUCUGGCUUGGCUGGACUAGUAAUCUACCUUUUGCUUCAAGAGCUCUUCUCGCCCUCUGGAGAUACCAGGUUAUUCAAUAACGCUGUUUCAAUGGUGGAAUCAGAUCCGGAGGCUCGUGAGCUUUUGUUGUGUAACGACUCCGGAAAGUCUAAAGAGCGGUUGAAGGCGUACGGUGAACUGUUGACUGACGACCGUUGGACCAGAAACAGACCCAUCCUUUCUACAAGACGCAUAGGCAAAGACGGUAGAGAACAUCAUUAUCUGCGGUUCCAUGUGGAGUCUAAGCAAAAGCUGGCCCUGGUACAUGUCGAGGCACGCGAAAGUGACAAGAAUUACACCCCAGACUUGGUUUCUAUGUACAUGGAUAUUCCAGGCGAAAAACGUUACUAUUUCAUCAAACCUCAAGUUUCAAUCGCCAAACCGAAGGGGUUUUUAGGCGUAAACUGGGGCCCUAAGACCUAA